CUCAAAAACCAAUGCACGAUCCGAACCUUCCGUUUUGUGAUCCGUUGCACCCCUAAUUUUAAGUAGUGUUCUUUAAUCCUGUCCUGGGGGACUGCUUAUCCUGUACAAUUUAACCCUCUCCCUGCAUCUACACAUCUGAUAAUCAGGGAUUGCUAAAAUGACUAACAGGAUAAGUGGUACUCCAGGAGUGGUCUGAGAAACAAUGCUGUAAGGCAUAUCUGGUGAUAUAGAUUUUAUUAAAACCUGAAUUGUUAUUCUUUGUUUUUCCAGACCUCUGGAUGUGAAGGACAUCCUUCUGCCACUGCAGGACCUGGUCUUGAGGAUGGGUCAGGGAAGCCGGGUGAACUGCUUAAGAGGGGAGGAGUUUCAAUGUGCAGCUAGGGCCUUCAACAGGUCGAGUUUUGACCCCUACGCAAAGUUGGAUGUGGUGUUUGUGGAUGGCGAUGGGGUGGCAGAAGGCGCAGUGGAUGAGGGGGGACCGACCAGAGAGUUCUGUACCCUCCUCAUCCACCAAAUACAGAAUCAUUUAGUAUUCGAAGGUCCUGAGGGCAACAAAACCCUGGCCCUGAACAGUGUUGCAUUGCAGAAAGGACAGUACAGGCUGGUGGGGCAGAUGAUUGCCGUCUGCCUGGUGCAGGGGCAGGUCUCUCCCAGAUUUUUAUCUGAGCGCCUCUACAGACAGGUGUGUAAUCUGUCCCCUCUUCCUGCCACUUUGGAAGAGGUGACAGAUUACAAUUUGAGGACCAAGCUCCGAAAGGCAAGUAAAUGGUUAAUGUUAAUUGAAACCACUUUUUGGAUUUUUUUUUUUUUUGUCAGUGUUUUUGUGUCAAGAUACUGUGUGGUGUGCUCUAUAGUGUACUGAUGUUGAAUUUCAAUAUAUGAUUGAUGCCAUACAGAUAUGUCAAUGCAUUCUUCACUGUUAGAAGAUAAUUUGUGCCAUGAAAGUGCUUAGAAAUCCCAAAUAAUUAUUGUUCCUAAUGUAUGAUAUUAGAUUGCAGAUGCCACACAUGUGGAAGGUGCCAGGGAGGCUAUGGAGGAGGCCACAGACGAGCUCUCCCUCAUGGGCUCCUUCUCCUUUGUGAGGAGCCUCCCGCAGAGGGAUGAGCUGCUGGGGGCAGCCCUCAACUUCCUCACAGAGGGCCGUAUUUUGACUGCUCUGAAUCAAUUCAAAGAAGGGUUGGAGACCUUCGGGAUUCAAGCCCUUUUGAGGUUCCACCCUGAGGAGCUCAAGGGGGUCUUCAUGGACACACCUGAGCCGCUGCUGGCCUCCCGGUUGGAGUCCACAUUCAGCACGUCUUACCUGUCUGAGCCGGGCUCCAAUCGGAGGAGGAAGGAGGCCAGGACCCUUGUAUAUUGGAGGGACUGGCUGAUCGAGGUGGAGGAUGGAGAUACGAGUCUCACCCUGGGGGCGGUUUUGGCAUUUGCCACAGGCCUUCAAAGAAUUCCUGCCGUGGGUUUUCCCAUCGGACCCCGGCUUGAAUUCCUCCAUGAGGAAGAUGGACCGGCCCUUUUCCCCACGGCCAAUACGUGUUCCCUGGUCCUCAGGCUACCGGUUUAUCCGGAGUACACUGGAUUUAAGGAGGCCAUGGAGGAAGGAAUAACCUCCGGUGGGAGUACCUUCGGCGUGGCCUAAUUUGGUGCCCAACCCCGUGGAAGGACGCUUGAAGCGCCCCACACACACACAGGGAAGGACGCUUGGAGUGCCCCCACACACACACACACACACACACACACACAGGGAAGGACGCUUGGAGUGCCCCCACACACACACACAGGGAAGGACGCUUUGAG